AUGAACACUCCGAUAAAACUCACCUUUCUCGUUCUCUGCAUCGCCCUAACCGCAACCGCAUUCGUAGUCCCGGCCAAACGCGAUGCCGUUACACCAGAACAUCAAAAAGCCGUCGAUGGAAUCUGCAGCGUUGUCAACGACAAACGUCUCUGUAGCAUUACCCUAAGAAAUGUCCAAAGCAAUGAUCCCGCCGUUUUGGUCCGUUACUUAGCCACGGCGGCUGAAUUGUCCGUUAAAAGAGGCUUGAAAUUCCUCGCCGGAAUCAAACCCAAAUACACCGGAAACGCCUUUGCCACCACCUGCAUCAACGGUUGCGAGAAACAGCUCAACAGCGCCUUGGAAGACUUUGGAGAUUUCUGGAAAGCCGCAGGACAAAACCUAACGAGCUUGGCUGAGAACUACUUCACCUGUAAGAAGAAGAUGACUUCCAUCUUCAACUACCAGUCGACUUGUCUCGAUGACAUUUACGACAAGACGUUGUUGAAAGUAGUCGAAGGAGGGAUCGGGCUUGGCAAGAGAAUGGUUGGUGAGUCAGUCGAUUUGUUCGAUGGAAUGGGCAAAGUCUUCAACACUUUCAACAUUAAGACCAAACUUAACCAGCAAGACACCGACUCGUUGCUCCCACCACCUUUGUCGUUUUACUACAAUUGA